AAAUUAAUUAAUUAAGACGACUAGGGUUACUGGUAAGUCGUCUGUCGUGUCGUCUUAAUCAAUAGAAUUGGAAGUGAAGGGGCUGAGCCUGUGGCUGUCCAGCUUCAGAUGGAUUUGCUUGCAGGCCUCCCCCUCCUCCUCCUCGUCCGUAUUAAUUAAUUGUAAACAAAAAACAAACAAAGAAGAGCCUUGCAGUGCAGUGCAGAGUUGAAUGUUGAUUGGUUAUAUAUAUAUAUAUAAAAGUAUUGUUUUUCUUGCUGGUACGUACAUAUAAGUGUGGACUGACAGCACACGUACGUCACUUUCACCAUGUGUCGCUGCCUUGUUUGCAUGGCUGGCCGGCCGGACGCCAUUGCUCCCAUUGUGCAAUCAAGGACGGAUUCAACGAGCGAGCUGCUAGAACUAAACAUCACCAUCAUCAUCAUCAUCACCAUCUAUAUUCUUCUUCUUCUUCUUCUUCGUUACAUGACUAAUUAUAUUGUCCAGACUGAGACACUGCUUUGAUAUUUUCCUUGUUCUUGCGGAUCAGCACAAAUGCUUGAUUGAUUGAUUGAUUAUUAAUUCUAGCUAGCUAGGACAUGAGGAGUUUAGUUGUUCAUAUUCUUCUUCGCCAAAAAGGCACACGCACACUCACACACUUCAAUUGAAGAAUACAUUGAUUGAUUGAUUGAUCAUUAGUGUUGCUAUUUAUUAUUUAAUUGUCUCGACUCUUGAGAGUGUAGCAGCUAGCUAGCUAGCGCAGGCCGCAAUGGUCGCCACCACCAUGACCACACGGCUGCCCUACUGCUGCCUUCUUCUUCUACUUCUUCUUCUGUUUUCUACAAUGUGCAGGGCCCUGACUGACCCCAAAGAUGUGGCCGUGCUUCAGUCCCUCAAGGAUGAGUGGAGGAAUACUCCGCCGAGCUGGGAUCAUUCAGGCGAUCCUUGCGCGCGCUGGGACGGAGUUUCCUGCAACAGCAGCAGCUCCUCCUCAAGAGUCACUUCACUACAGCUGUCAACAAUGGGACUCACUGGUAAAAUGAGCGCCGACAUAGGAGGGCUGACCGAACUCGUUUCCUUGGACCUUUCAUUCAAUCCUGGCCUAACAGGUUCCAUCUCUCCACAGCUCGGAAACCUACGAAAGCUCUCAAUCUUAAUUCUUGCAGGCUGCAGCUUCACAAACAGCAUACCUAGUGAACUGGGAAAACUUUCCGAACUGACUUUUCUUGCCCUGAAUUCAAAUGCCUUAACAGGGGAGAUACCGGCUUCCUUGGGUGGACUCUCCAAGCUAUAUUGGCUCGACCUCGCUGAGAAUCGCUUGACAGGCCAAAUCCCAGUUUCAUCAGGUUCCACUCCGGGCCUCGACCAGCUUAAAAAGGCGAAGCACUUCCAUUUCAACAGAAAUCAGCUUUCGGGUAGAAUCCAAAGCAAACUCUUUUCCUCCGAGAUGUCAUUGAUACAUGUAUUGCUGGAUGGUAACAGACUAGAAGGGAGCAUCCCGUAUACCGUAGGAUUGGUACAGUCACUAGAGGUUCUUCGCCUUGAUCGCAAUGCCCUGACUGGCAGUGUCCCCCCAAAUCUCAACAAUCUUACCAGCAUCACUGAACUAAAUUUGGCUCAUAAUAUGUUGACCGGCACAUUGCCGAAUCUGACAGGAUUGAACUCCCUCAGUUACUUGGACUUAAGCAACAACUCUUUUCAACGAUCCCAAUUACUGCCGGAUUGGUUCUCUACUUUAGAGUUGUUAACUACUCUAGUGGUGGAGCAUGGACCUUUCAGAGGACCGGUCCCAUUAGAACUAUUCAGUUUACCGAACAUUCAGCAAAUAGAGCUGAGGAACAAUGCCUUUACUGAAGACUUAGAUAUGAAUGGAGACAUUGGCGAGCAGCUUCAAGUCAUUGAUUUGGAGAACAAUGACAUAACAUCAGCAGAAGUCAGUAAUGAAUCCACAAGCAUACUGAUGCUUAUGGGCAAUCCGGUGUGCUCCACGUCUCUUAGAAAUUCCAUCUACUGCCAGAAUCAAUCCCUCGAAAAGCCGUAUUCCACAAGUCUUGCGCAGUGUGGAAAGAAAACUUGUUCACAUAGUCAGAAACUGAAUCCACAAGGCUGUGGGUGUGCUUAUCCAUAUGAAGGGACAAUGUUCUUCCGAGCGCCUUUAUUCAGGGCCUUGACGAAUGCCAAUUUGUUCCGUUCUUUGGAGAGGAGUCUCUGGAUGAAGCUUGGACUUGGAUCAGUCUCUCUGCAGAACCCCUUCUUCAACGAAAACGACUAUCUUGAGGUUCAGCUUCAGCUCUUCUCCUCCAGUGGGAAGUACUUCAACAGGUCUGAGAUUCAGAGGAUUGGAUUUUCCUUGAGCAACCAAACAUACAAGCCUCCAGCUGAGUUUGGUCCAUACCACUUCAUAGCAAAUCAGUACAUCUUCGAAGAUGAGCGUGAGAAGAAGCACUUCAGCAUAGGUGUGAUUGCUGGAAUUACUACCGGAUGCGUAUUUCUGGUCUUGCUUCUGGUAACUCUGGCAGCAUAUGCCUUUAGCCAAAAAAGGCGUGCCGAAAUAGCCAAAACCAUGACCAAUCCAUUUGCCCCUUGGGUUCCUAGCGGCAAAGACACUGAAACUGCACCACAACUGAAAGGAGCUCGGUGGUUCUCCUACAAUGAGCUCAAGAAAUGCACCAAUAACUUCUCUGAGAGCAAUCAGAUUGGCUCCGGAGGCUAUGGCAAGGUUUAUAAAGGAAAGCUUCCCAGUGGACAAGUGGUGGCAAUCAAAAGAUCUCAAGAAGGAUCCAUGCAAGGGGGGCUCGAAUUCAAGACAGAGAUCGAGUUACUCUCGCGAGUGCACCACAAAAACCUCGUUGGCCUCGUGGGAUUCUGCUUCAAACAAGGACAACAGAUGCUGGUUUAUGAGUACAUGGCUGGUGGAACGCUCAGAGAUUGUUUGUCAGGUAGAAGUGGCAUCCAAGUAGACUGGAAGAGGAGGUUGAGGAUUGCUCUAGGUUCGGCUCGCGGGUUAGCUUAUCUGCACGAACUCGCGCAUCCGCCCAUAAUUCAUCGCGAUGUCAAGUCUACCAACAUCUUGUUGGAUGAAAAUUUAACAGCUAAGGUUGCAGAUUUCGGUUUGUCUAAGAUGGUUUCCGAUGUUUCUAAAGGUCAUGUUUCGACUCAAGUCAAAGGCACACUGGGUUACCUUGAUCCCGAAUACUACAUGACACAGCAGUUAACCGAGAAGAGCGAUGUGUACAGCUUCGGAGUGGUGAUGCUUGAGCUGAUUACUUCCAAGAAGCCAAUAGAGAAGGGGAAAUACAUAGUGCGGGAAGUGCGAAUAGCGAUGGACAAGACCGAUGAGACGCACUACGGACUAAAGGAGAAGAUGGAUCCUGCAAUAAAGAACACUCCAAAUCUCCUAGGAUUCUCGAGGUUUCUUGAAUUGGCCAUGCAAUGCGUCGAAGAAUCAGCUUCGAAUCGUCCAACGAUGAGCGAGAUCGUGAAGUCCCUCGAGACUAUAUUGCAGAGCCAAAGCCCGAGCACAAGUUCGACGUCUGCAUCUUCAACUGCCACGGACUUUGGAAUUGGGACAGGCGGCAGAGAUGUCCCCGAAGAUCCGUACAAUGAUUCUUCUUCCUUACCCGGGAGGGACACCGAUCAACCACCGGAUGCUUUUGAUUACAGCGGAGGAUACGCGUUCAACGCGAAAGUUGAACCCAAGUAGUUGUGAUACACAUACACUACACUACUAAAGUUGAUAUGCAUUUUUGCUCUGUCAAGCAUAAUGGAAAUGGAAGGAAGGAGCUAGCUCUGUAAGUUAGUUACCUUUCAUUAUCUGUAAACUGUAAUCAUUCGAUCAACUUGUACUCAAAAAGUAAUGUAAUUGUAAUUGUAAUUGUAACAAAAGGACACACAAAGAGGGAAGAAAUAAA